AUAGGGACAUAAAAAUUGAUUUUGUGUUCACCAAGUCUUUGGCCAACUUCAAUGGCUUAUCUUCCUUCUGGCCUACAAGAUUGGGACACAAAAUUAGUGACUUUUUGGUAACACGGAAUAAAGAUUUGUGUCACUUUCCCUUUCUCAUUUUGCUGUUUGGAAUCCAGACUCCAAAUUAUUUUCUUCCGAACAAAGAAGUCCCCAAUUCCUUGCAAAUAUUGGAUCUUCAACCAAUAAAACACCGGAAUUUAGACGUACAGCAGAUCCAUCAACUCCUUUCUACCUCUCUGGGUUUUGGUCAGGCAGAGAGACUGAAAUGGCCGCAGCAGCAGUGGCAUCGGUGGUGAUAGAAAAACUGGCGCUGAUUGAGAAAUCAUUGAUCGUGGACAAAGUGAUAGAUCAAGUACUGGAGGAGAUCAGAACUGCUGCGAGACUGAUGAUGCGGGAUGCUGAAGAACACAAGCUAGACUGCAACGAAGAAGGAAAGAAGUGGACAUGUGACUAUCUUGGCAUUCUUUAUCAAGUGGAGGAUGCUAUUGAAACUUUUGCUCUAGCCCGUCAUCAGAGGAAGAGCUCACUGUUGCCGAUUGGUGGCUGCUUCAACCACUUGGGGUUUUCCCAAAAAAGCCUCCUUAAGAAGAUGCUGGAAAUCCAAAUUAAAAUCAAAGAACUCAACGACAAAAAGGCUUCUGCUCAACCCUUACAACAUGAUGAGGAUCAAGAAGAAGAAAAGGAAGCUAACGCUUCUAUUGAUUGGCCGAGACUUGAAAAAAGUAGUAGCAGUAAUGGUCGUGCAAUUUCUCAAGUUAAGGUAAUGCCCGCCCUAGCCUGUGCCAAUUCAGUACGACGUAUCAGGUCUGCAUUGAGCUUCAACGAUUGCCUGCGGAAUUUUACCGAUGAACGCAGCAUCACACAUAAUGUGAGCCUGUUGAGCGAAUCGGAUCGGUGGGAAAUGUUCUUGAAGAAUGCCCGAUUGCCAGAAACUAGUAUUGACAACCCGUCUCUAAAGCAGAAGAUUCUGGAAAAAUGUGAUGGUCUACCCCUGAGGAUUGUUCUCCUUGGUGGUCUGUUAUCGACCAAGAAAGAAUCAAGUUGGAAUGAAUGGUUUCGAGUCGUUGACCAAUCAAAUCGUGAUAUCUUCUCGUUGAGUUACGAUGAGCUACUCGUUCACUCAAAGCUAUGUCUUCUUUAUUUAGCGCUUUUCCCCAAAGAUUAUGAUAUCCCAGUAAGGAGGUUACUUCGGUUGUGGCUUGCAGAGGGAUUCGUGAAACGAUCUCCCGAAAUGAUCCCAGAGGAUGUGGUACAGGAAUACUUUGAGGAUCUGGUUAAAAGGAACAUGAUUCGGAUAUCUAAAUUGAGGUCCGAUGGAAGCGCCAGAGGAUGUCGUUUACUCGGUGCUCUACAUGAUAACUUAUCGUCCAAAGCACAAGACAUCAGCCUAUUCCACAUCCACCGCAACUCCAAUAGCUGUGGAGCUGCAAGUCAUCGACUAAGUGUUCGUAGGAUCGUUGAGUACGACGAUGUUAAGAAUUGCAAUCCUUCUGAGUUCCAGAACGCGCGGUCUUAUAUUUCAUUUAACUUUCAAAAGAAAGAUACACCGGCAACGGAAGUAAGGCAAUUUGUCAGCAAACUCAUUGGUAAGAAAGGCUUUGGAUUGCUGAGGGUGCUUGAUCUAGAGUGUGUGUACAAACCGAGUUUGCCUGACAAUCUGGGAGAUCUCUUUCAUUUGAGAUAUCUGGGGUUGAGAUGGACUUUCUUAGAUUACCUCCCUUCCUCGGUGGGCACCCUGACCUACCUCGAAACAUUGGAUUUGAAGCACACGUACAUCAAUAGUCUACCCAGUUCCAUUUGGAAAUUGAAGCAUUUGCGACACUUGAAUCUCAAUGAGAUUCUACUUGACAUGCCAUCACAACCACCCAAUUCCUGUCUCCUUACAUUAUGGGGAUUAGUCAUAGAUCACAAGAGCCCGGUGAGGAAUUGUUUGGACAGGUUGAGGGACCUUAGAGAAUUAGGCAUUACACUCCAUUUGAGCACCGACCCAGAAGACAAAGCAGAGAUUCAAAAAAAAAAGGAAGACAUAGCAGAGGUUCAAAAAAAAAAAAAGGAAGACAUAGCAGAGGUUCAAGAAAAAAAAAAGAAAGACAUAGCAGACUGGGUCGCAACUUUAACUGCUCUUCAAUCUCUAAGGUUGAGAUCAAAGGAUGGGAGGGGAUGUCCAAUGGACCUCUGUUUGAAGCCAUUGUCAGGUUUAGAGAAACUUUCCCAUUUGUAUUUGCUGGGGAAUUUACAAAAGUUACCAGAUAUAAAAGAUUUCCCAUCAGCAGUUAAAGUUAUCACAUUGUCAGUCUCCCGGCUGACGGAAGAUCCCAUGCCUAUCCUGGGGCGCCUGCCAAGCCUAACAGUCCUCAGGCUUUUAGCAGACUCGUACCUUGGGCAACAAAUCACUUGCCCUCUGGAUGCUGAUGGAGUUGGAGGAUUUAGAAAGCUUCAAGUCCUGAAACUCUGGAUGCUGAAGGAGUUGCAGGAGUGGGAAUUAAAGACGGGGGCAAUGCAGAGCCUCAGAAAACUGAACAUCAGAUGUUGUCAUAGACUGAAGAACAUACCCCAGAGACUGAUGGAAUCGAGCACAUUGGAAGAAUUGAUUUUGACAAACAUGCCAGAUGCAUUCGUAGCUGAUGUUAAGUUAUACCGCACCGCUACUGUCAAGAAUUUUGACUCUUUGCCGUGGAAACAAGAUAUUCUUUCGGACGGGGGCAUUAAUGAUCCAACUAUUGCUAGAGAUGCUGAGGCUGCGUUGGCCGGCUGCUCCCAUAUAAAGCCAGAAACUUGAGCUUCAAUAUGUAGGGCCAUUUCCCACAAAAAGAAGGUUCACAUUUUUAACUUGGAAUCGUUUCCACUGUGUGCUUCAUCUUCUCAUUCUGUUCAAUGCUGUAGCUAGUGCUAGAGGGUCUCCUCAUUUGUUCCUUGUUUAAUUUGUUGGGAUUUAUAUAUCGCAUAGCAAAUUCUUAUUUGAAUUAUAAUGACACAUGUAUCUGAAAUAUUUAUAAUUUAUAUAAUUGAUGAAUUCAAUGUAUUAUGUUU